AGCCUGCAACGUUGCCGCGUUGAACAUGUCAAAGGUCGAGUGUCGGAGUUUUCACGAGAAAGCGAUUUUCGUCGCGGAGGGUGAAAAAAAAGUAAAGGGGAAAUUCAAGGAAGUCUGAUCACACGUGGGUCAUGACUACGUCGCACAUCGCGAGUACGUAGCUCGAGUGUUGUGAGGCUCUUUGCGGUUCGUUCUGUGUGUUCAAUGUUGCGUGAGACGAGUGUUGUCUGGAAGACGUAUUGUUGUGAUGUCACGCAUGUUCUUCAGGGAACGUGUGUCUUACGUGUAAAUUUUUUUUUUUUUACAUUUAUAUCGAUCACAACAAACAAAUUGGUCGAUGGAGAAGUAAUUAAAUUGUUACAUCCCACACAUACAAUCAAGAUCUUCGAAAAAAUUUUGAAAUCUAAGAAGAGGAAAAGACAAUCUAAAAAUUCAACAAUCUUGAAAAUAAAAAAUGUUAAAAUUUAAGCUAAAUCAAGGUUCUCACACUCAAGGAUUUAAAAAUUAUCAAGGAUGUAUAAAAAUCUAAAAAUACAGACUGUAAUUAUAUAUCCAACAAUCUUAGGAACGUUCAAAGAGUUAAAAAAAGAAAUUUAAAAUAAUAAUAAUUUUAAAAUAAGCGAGCUCUCUCUUUCAAGAACAUGCAGGAUAUCAGAAUGAGUCUCUGCCCACGGAGACGCUUUCGCAUCACUCCUAUGCGAGCUCUAGCAGCGUUCUUUUUAAUGGUCGUGCUCUUCUGGUAUAGCCUCAGUCGGCAAGAGAUUCCACAGCAGCCGUGUAGCGUGCCCGAAGAAUUUACCGAGAAAUUACAUGAUCUCGCUUACAGGGCUCAUUUGGUUCUCUCUAAGUUGGGCAUCGUUCACUUUCUCUGUCUGGGCGGCCUUUGGGGUCAAGUUCGUAUAGGCCGUGCAUUGCCGUGGGCUCGCAAAGUGGAGCUAUGCUUGGUGGACACUCUCCGCGACGAUGUCUUGAUCACGAAGGCCUUUCGAGAGGACGGUCUGAGUGCAACCUAUCUUCAUGCGGCGGGAAUUUACAGGAUACAGGAGCACGAGGUCGGCGAGAAUGCACCCAAAGUGGAAGUGGUUGUUUUCGAGGAAGACGCAGUGACACAGAUGGUGAGGAGAGUCGGCUGGACCAGAAGGGUCCUGCCUCCGGAUUGCGAGUUUUCGCCGAGUCUACAGUGCUUUCCACCGCAAUUAGUAAUACCGCCCUUACCGGCGAAACAAUUUGGCAGCCGACUGAUGCCGGUGCCACGAGAAGGCAUAGAAUUACAAAAGUAUCAUUAUCCCAACGACUGGUGGCUAGAGAUCAAGCCCACUGAUUGUACUGAGCCCCAACAGACGAAUGUAUAAUGUACAAUUCUUGGGAGAAAUUAAUCCUAGUGUAAUUAGAACAUUGUUUUCGUUAAAUCAUAACAUUUCCUAUGAUUUAAUCAGUCUGAAUAGAAUUUAAGUAUUAUUGUUUAAAUUGUUUUUUGAACACAGUAUCGAAAUAGAAAUAGCUUAAACUAUAGAAAGAAAACAGGUUGGCAAAUUUUAUUAUAAUCUAGAUAUUUUCUAGAAAUAGAUGCGACAAGUAGAAGAGAUUGCAUGUGAUAAGGAUGAUAGGGAUAUGAAUAUUUUCCAAUUGUUUAUAUAUUUAAUUUAAGUUGAAAAAAGGAGAGAGAGUAAGUGCGUUUGAUCUACGAUCUCAAUGUGGCGACGCGAUUACUGCUUAUAGAAAGUAUUCAAGUGUGUCGUUGAAAUAAAAUCUACUAAUAAUAUUAUUGGCAAUGACUGACUGCUAUAAUCAUUGUAGUGAUUAUAUUAUUAAAACUAUGAGCAGAGUGUCAAUUAGAA